AUGAUAGAGCGAGCGACCGGCGCCCAGCACGCCCGGACCCCGGCGCAGGCGGGCUCGACGGCCAAGGGGUGGGACAGCGAGGAACUGCGGAGAUGCGGCGCGAUAGGCACGACGACGCCGCGGGUGCUGGGCCUCGAGAACGCGGUGCACCCGGUGUUCGCGGGGUGGGCGGGCAGCGACGCCGAGGUGGCUCUGCGCGCGGAGCUCGAGCAGCCGCUGCGGCUCGCGAGCCGCGUGCUGCGGGCCGCCGGGCUGCCCUGGGCCUCGGACUUCCUAGCCCACGGCGUCUUCGCGCCGGACUACGGCGGCCGCGCCCCGAGCUGCCGGUGCAGCUUCGGCUCCGGCUUGGGCCCCGCGGGGGCCGCGGCGGCUGCGAGUGCCGGUCCUGCCGCUGCCAGCGCUGCCGCUGCUACUACUACCAUCGUCCGGCACCACCGCCGCCGACGGCGCAACGCGGGGUCCUCGCAGGAACAUAGCGUGGGCGGGGAGGAGGACGCGAGGGAGCGCGGAGGGCAGCGGGAUGAGUGGCUGCGCACGGCGGAGGCCCGGCUCGCAGAUGAGGCGGUGGCGCGCGCCACGACAUGGCAGCUCGACGCCCGGAUAUUCCGGCAGCGGGGAUGGGUUGGGUACACGUGUCGGCACCCGCGGUGCGGAGGGGCCUCACUCGCGGUGUCCGAUGACGGCCACGGGGCCACGCGCAGCGGAGGAGACGGGGGUAGGAAUAGAGAGGGAGACGAUGAGCCGGCAGGGAGAGCUAGCAGGUAUAACGACCUGACAAUCCUGGUGGCUGCCGAGUUCCCCGCGCGGAUGGCGGAGCUGAGGAGGUGCGGGAAGGAGCACGGCGAGGAGUACUUGCUCACGGCGUUCAUGGCGGCCGUGACGAUACUACACGAACUCGGACACGCGAUCUACUGGAUAGACCGCCGGGCAGUGCCAGGGAACCUUCACGAGCCCUUUUACGGCGGCGACCUCGAGAUGGAGCUCGGCGACAGCUUCGUUGCCUCUGUCUUUGGCGGGUGGGUACCAGUGCCGAUCGGCGACCUGACCGAGGCCGAUCGAGAGGGGGGUGGUGGAAGGAGAGGGACGAAACUUGGCUUCGAGGACGGUCUCGCGUGGCGGCAGUUUCUGAGCUGGGAUUAUCAUAGGCUCCGCCCUAAGCACCGCGCCCACUACUCGAUAUCCGUCGACUACGUCGCCCGACUCUUCUCCGAGCAAUGCUGGCUUGAUAUGCGCGACGACCCCGCAAGGGAUCUGAUUUGGCCGCGGGUGCUUACAACGGAGGAUGUCCUUGGAGAGGUCGGCAUCUGCGCGCGGGCGGCUACGGCGGGCGGCCAUGCAACGGCCGCCAUCGCGGACUUUCACUGCGCAGGCGAAGGUUGGGUGUGGAACCGGCUCCCGGGAGGGCAGUUCCGUAUCCCUCAGUACGAUGGGUACCUCUGCCCGGAUAUGGACUUGCCCGUCGCCACCGACGACGUGAUUGAGGAGCCUAGACCGCGGCUGUCCUCGUAUACCACAACGCUCUUAACACCGCCAUCAUCAACAAUAGUAACAACAGCAGUAACUCUAAAACCAGCGGCAGUCCAGAUAAUGGGGGUGGGUAGCGGGAAAGCCGGUCAGACGUCGGUCCACAGAACUAGGCCGGUAACCACCAUGCCGUCCGUGGGACAUGAUAAGAAUCACGAGAAGAGCAACAACGAUGCGUACGGGAAAAAGAAAAACGACAGGCCCCGGCGGCGGGGACAUUGUGGCGCAAAAGAGACGGGAGAGGAGGGAAUCUCGGCGCGCACACGACUCUGUAUGGUGGAGCGGCCGGUGUUAGGGGACCGCCCGAGCAAGUCGGAGAUAUCCCUCGACGAGCUGAGGAGCCGACUGUCACAAUUACUAGGGGUGUCGCUCUACGAGCUCGAGGAGCUAUUCGAGGCCUCUCGGUGUGCGUAGGCGGGCAAGGAAAGAAUAGAAGAGAAGGACAAGAAGAGCGAGAAGUGGAGUGAAACGAUAAGCGGGUUUACUCGGGUCGU